AUAAAAUUGCAGAGCCUGUCAGCUACUUGACUUCCCUUGUGUCUCUAGCCCAGAAACCAGCCCAGAAACAAACCUCGGAGAAUCCAGCAGAGAUGAAUGUACCUGCCCCACUCACCAACUUGAAAAUUCAAUAUACUAAGAUAUUCAUAAACAAUGAAUGGCAUGAUUCAGUGAGUGGCAAGAAAUUCCCAGUCAUUAACCCUGCUACUGAAGAAAAAAUUUGUGAUGUGGAAGAAGGAGAUAAGGAGGAUGUGAACAAGGCAGUGAAAGCAGCAAGGCAGGCUUUUCAGAUUGGCUCCCCAUGGCGGACAAUGGAUGCUUCAGAGAGAGGACGGCUUCUGAACAAACUGGCUGAUUUAGUGGAAAGGGACCGUCAACUCUUGGCAACAAUGGAAUCAAUGAAUGCUGGAAAAAUCUUUGCCAAUGCCUACACAAUGGAUUUAGGUUCCUCUGUGAAUGUUUUGCGCUACUAUGCAAGCUGGGCCGAUAAGAUUCAGGGUCGUACAAUCCCAAUUGAUGGAAAGUUUUUCUCUUAUACAAGACAUGAGCCUGUUGGUGUUUGUGGCCAAAUCAUUCCUUGGAAUUUCCCUUUGAUUAUGCUUAUGUGGAAAAUUGGACCUGCCGUUUGCUGUGGAAACACUGUGAUCAUCAAACCAGCAGAACAGACCCCACUAACUGCUCUUCAUGUAGCAUCAUUAAUUAAAGAGGCAGGAUUUCCACCAGGAGUAGUGAAUAUUGUGCCUGGUUAUGGACCCACGGCUGGAGCAGCCAUUUCUUCUCACAUGGAUGUAGAUAAAGUGGCCUUCACGGGGUCCACAGAGGUUGGCAUGCUAAUUAAGGAGGCUGCUGGGAAGAGCAACCUGAAGAGGGUUUCACUGGAACUGGGGGGAAAGAGCCCUUGCAUUGUAUUUGCUGAUGCUGAUCUGGAUAAUGCUGUGGAAUUUGCACACCAGGGUGUGUUCUUCCACCAAGGCCAGUGCUGCACUGCCGCAUCGAGACUUUUUGUGGAAGAGUCUAUUUACAAUGAGUUUGUUCAGAGGAGUGUAGAGCGUGCCAAGAAAUACACACUGGGGAAUCCUCUGAACCCAGGAGUACAGCAAGGCCCUCAGAUUGAUAAAGAACAGUACACCAAAAUACUUGACCUCAUUGAGAGUGGAAAGAAGGAAGGAGCCAAAUUGGAAUGUGGAGGAGGAUCAUGGGGAGACAAAGGUUACUUCAUCCAACCCACAGUUUUCUCCAAUGUUACUGAUGAUAUGCGCAUCGCCAAAGAAGAGAUUUUUGGACCGGUCCAACAAAUCAUGAAGUUCAAAACUAUAGAUGAAGUGAUCAAGAGGGCCAACAAUACCCACUAUGGCUUAUCAGGAGCUGUUUUUACCAAAGAUCUUGAUAAAGCCUUGACAGUUUCUUCUGUUCUUCAAUCUGGAACAGUCUGGGUGAAUUGCUAUGGUGUGUUUUCUCCUCAAGCCCCUUUUGGUGGAUUCAAGAUGUCUGGAAAUGGGCGAGAAUUGGGAGAAUAUGGUCUCCAUGAAUACACUGAAGUCAAGACUGUCACAAUCAAGAUUUCUGAGAAGAACUCCUAAGAAUGCCACAGGAGGUGGUGCUCCGUAUCUUCGAUGGCUGAACAUCUCUAACCCUAAAUCAUGAAAGAUAUUACAUAUGCCAUGUUUUCCUGACAUUAGCAGCAUAAAAAAAUUAUAUCUAGAACAUACUGUAUGCCUUCUUGCUUUCAUGUAAACAUGGUCAAUCUAUUCUACCUGAAAUUUUGGGAUUGGAAUUAACUCAAGAUCAGUCAUGAGUUUUUCUUGGUAAAUGAUUCUUGCAGAAUUUUAGCCAUAAAAAAAAUUGAAAGGAACAUUUGGUAUUUUUACUUUUUCUGCUGAAGUUUAAUUGAAAGUUACUGUACACAUUAACUUACCAACUAGUCAUACUCUGUUCACUGAAGCUGUUAAGUCUUCUUUGCCUUUGGAAACAAUGUGUCCAAUAAAGCGAUAACCACUCUGCUUAACUGUAA